AGACAACUACAGCACAAGGAAGGGAGUGGACUCUUGCGUGGAAUAUACGAAAGACUGAACAGCAGUGGUUCCUUCAUCUGGUAAUUUAAUCCAAUGUCAACUUGCGAGAAUCUUUUCUUUCUCCUCUUGCUCCUGGCACUGACCCUGAAUUGUACUGCUGUAUUUGAAGUCAAAAUACCAGAUUCCUCAGUGACAGGCAUCCACGGUCAAUAUGUUCUGCUGAGAUGCAGUUUUUCCAUUAAUAAAGACAGUUCUUUGGAAGACAUAGUCAUCACAUGGCAAACAGUAAAAUCUGAGGAAGUUGUGCAUAGCUUCUACUAUGGAAAGAACCAGCUAGAAAAACAGAGUUUGCGCUUUUUCAACAGAACCAGCCUUUAUCCAUCAGAAUUUAAACAUGGAAAUGCUUCUCUAAAGUUAGAAGGAGUAAGCCCUAAGGAUGCGGGCGAGUACAUAUGUUUCGUUAGCAACUCAUAUGGGAGUAAUCAAGCAACGCUACAGUUGUCCUUUGCAGCAUUCUUCACCAGUCCUGAGCUUGUGAUAGAGUUACAGGCCCAUACAAUGACCUUCGUCUAUCUCUCCAAGGGAUAUCCAAAGCCAGAAAUAGAGUGGCACAGCAGUGGCACAGAAAACAUCUCUGAGCUGAUACAGACAUCUUUUCAGCAAAGUGAGAACAGCCUGUACCAAGUGACCAGUACCCUGACAGUGCAUGUACAGUCCAAUGCAACUUAUAGUUUCAUACUAAGAAACAAGGCUGUGAACCAGACAGUAACCAACGUUUUCAGUCUCCUUCCAGGUAAAAUACCGGAAAAAGCUGCAUCCCAACGAGUGCACUGGACAUUGGUCAUGCCUAUAGUCUUUCUUCUAGUUAUUUUAGUUACUGGAAUAAUUUUUUAUAGACAUGAAAAACAUUAUUACAUACAAAAUAAGGUUAAAACAACUCCAUCUAGUGUUUUGAGUUUUUCAAAAACCUGAUUUUUCCACUUAUUGAGACUUCCGCCAGGAACUGAAACUAUACAUUAGAACUCGGGCUGUAGAAAAUGAAAUGAAUUUUCAAGUAGCACCUCAUUUUGUAAUGAAAUAGCCAGAGAAAAUGGAUCUUUGGAGACAAAACCUUCUAGUGGAAUCAACAGAGAUUGGGACAAGACAUUCCAAUAAUGUACCAUGCAUUACCACUUAUUAUUCAUGUGUUCCUGGAACCCAUCUCUGUACAUAAGAAACUGAGGUAAAUGACCAGAUAGCCAUUCAAGGAACAAGAUAUCUGAAAGUGAAGUAUCUCAGACCGUGGUAAAGGCACUAUGCUGUUUUUGUUUUGCCAUAUAUUGUUACAAUGACAGAACAGCCCUUAAUGUAAUUUACCAACAGUUGUAUAAAAUACAGAAAAUCUGUUAUUGUUGUUGAUAUGAACUCCGAGAGUCUGAAAAAUAAGAAACUCUGUGACACUUAAGGUCUAAGAAUCUAAACAGGUUUCAAGCUUUCAGUCAGAGAUUCAGAGACCUUAUCCAGAUAUAGACCAGAGAGGUAAGAAACACAGAGUGAGAAGUAAGCAGAGAAACACAGACAGAAAGACAGGAUUUCAGUUGUUUUCUACCAAGUGAUUAGAGACUACUAAAGUAAGGUGUGAACAAUGGAAGCGCAGUGUUUAGCAUUUCAUAAGAAACUGCUUGUUUUUAUGCCAACCUGGACAAAGAUAAAAUCCUUUAAACAUAAAGGAUUUUAACUCUUGAUGUUAAAAGCCUAUCUAUAAACAAACUUCCACUAGUGGAAAAAAUCCAUUUUUGUAGAAAGAUUCACUGUUGCAAUAUGUCCUGCUAUACUCAAAAUCUCACUGUGUUGAUAUUCUGAAGGAAUAACCUGGGCAGGGAAGGACUGUGAUGAGAUUUACAAAAGGGUGAGGUGUUGAUUAGACAAAAAGGUUGUAGCAGGAGCCUCAUUUCAAUACUUUUCAGUCAAUCUGAACUGUGCAAUUUAAAGAUACUGAAUAUUAUAAAGUAGCUACUCAUGCAGCUAUAAAAAUGCCGUUGAACUGCGAUAACUAUUACUUCAUCUGUCACAUUAAAACAGGUCCCUAAUUAGCAAUAUUUUAUUCCCUCAGCAAAUGCACAGGAUAAAUUGUUGUCAAAGGGAUUUUAGUAAAUGGGAGCUUUUAUAACAUGUAUAAAACUAGAGUGGAGCAUCAGUUUAUUCAAUUUUAUAAGUAGUGAGUUUUUAGGGGAAGAUUAUAUCAGGUAAACAGAAUUUAUUUAUUUUGUUUUGUUAAUUACCUUUUUAUAUGUUCCAAUAGUGUUAUAGGUCUAUGAAAGUUCUACUUUUGUGCAAUGCCUCCAUCUGUAUAUUUUCAUAAACUGGCAUAGGGCCACAUAAAGACUUGAACAAUGUUGUCUAACAUUUAACAAUAUGAGACGGAGAGCACAUCAAAACUGAUACAAGUUUUAGAUUUUUAAUUAUGUGGGAGUAAAUACCAGUCUUAUUUUCUAUGCAAAAGUGCAUUAUAGAUACGUGAAUGAAAACCUUUUUAUCCAUUCAUCCAUGUUAAUUACAUAGAUGUGUAUUCAUCACAGAAAUGAAGCCCGUCAUUGACUGAAGUAGAGAUCUUUGCAGAGUAUAAAGGGGUAUUUUCUGUCAACACUCAGUGGUGUAUCAUCCAUGUGGUAAAUUACCAGAAUCAUGACAAAACUCUAAAAACAUGGCUGCAUUAAAUAAAGAUCACUGUAUACAAAAAAAAAUGUCAAAGGAGUUUGCAAAGUAGGAAUUAAUGCAAUCCCCAAAAAACAAGUAUGUAACACUAAUGUCUGGUAUCUUUUAUUUUUUUUACUUAAAAGUGUUGACAGACAUAUUGCUAAAUUACCAAAUGUUACUGAGAACAGAAUAAAGGUAUAAUUCAAAUUCAGGGCCACCUGAGAAAUUAAAUUAUGACCCAGAAAAUGUUUGAAUUUUCUGUACUUUUUCCUAUGUAAAUGAUUAUUUUUCUUCGCAUGAAGGACAAAUAUGCUAGUAUGUUUCUAUUAGUUGAUUUCUAAUAGCUUUAAUACUGUCUUGUGAGAUAAAAGCUCACGAGAAAGAAAGUGAAAAUGUGGGAAAAACAAGAGAAAGAGAAAGAGAAAACAGAUGAUUGAAAAAUAUAUAUUUUUUUAAGAUUCUAAAGUAAAACAGAGCAGCCUUCUUGGAAAAGUGUUUCAUGAAUAACUAGGCAUCCUUCUACGCAAUGAAGGAAUGGGUGAUGAUCCAAAGUGUAUUUAUACAGCAGGGAUGCAGGGAUUGAAAAGCCUCACUGUGGAUAGCAUAGAUGGAAACAUGAUCAAUAAGAAUCAAAAUGUACCGGUUAAGCCUCAACAAGCCCUUUAAUAAGACAAGAUGUUGAAAAUGUCAGAUGCUCUAAUACGAUUAGUGGUUCAUGCUGUACAUAUGAAAAUAAUGAGACUGAAUAGGCCUAAAAAAUAACUGUCUUUUAUCAGUUUCUGUGACUUUGUGUUGGGUUGGUACCAUAUAAUGCAGCAAUAAAGAAAGAAAUCUCAUUUAUUUAGCGGUAAAGAAGGGGAAUUGGGAAGGUGUGAGUUAGUAAUAGCACAUGACUGAACUGGCAAAGAUAGUACAGAGAUGGCUAUCAUAAAAUAAUAACCAUAACAUGACAAUGUGGUAGAAACAGUUUUCCCAGUAAUCUUAGGGCCCAGUUCCAAAAGACUUGCUUUUGGUGGAAGUGAAUUAACUCCAGUGUAAACCUGCCUUUACUAAUCUAUCUCUGCUGAAAUCUGGUAGGUAAGCACAGCUGGCCUAAAAUCUGAGGCCCAGAAUGGAUGCAGAUGCUUUGAAAAACAUUACUUAUAACAGCGACAUUUUCUCCUAAAAUUAAGUGAAAUAAAAUUGGACAAAGUUGUGUUUAUACAGUAUUGUACAUUAUGUAAAAAUUAUAUCUGAAAAAAGGAUAAAAAAAACUGUGUUUACAGAAAUCUUGAAGUGUUUCAGAUUAUACAUAGGACUUUCACACAAGAAUCCAUUAAAUUUAUUUAGGGUAAAACAAAGGCAGAAGAUUACUGCAUAUUUUUUACUGCAAACAUUUUGGUAAAUUGUGCAGAUUUCCUGUGCAAAGCAACCAUUUUUAGAGGAAAGCUGUCUGAUCCAGAAGUAAGACACUGACAUUGUAAAUUCUCUGCCUAACUUUAAAUGUUUUGCAUGAUAUAGCAGUAUAUUGCUGAGUUAGGAGGAAUAGAUAUUUAGUUGUCAUCCCAUAGUCAAGGCUGCUGCUGCUGCCGUCUGUACCUUUACCAUCUAUCCAGUGUUGGACAAAAACACUUUUUAAGUUGUUAAAUGCUCUUUAUUAUAUGUGUUAAAAUAACAUGUAGUGUUACUUUACAUUACAGGAAUGAAACAAAGUCAUGUAUUUAUUUUCAUGCUCAUAUUUAUUGUUUUAAUGUAUGUCAAAUGUCCUACUGUUGUCUCUAAAGUGAACUGUAGGAGCUGGACUUCAUACUUGUCUACAGGUGUUAUCAAGGUUGUCUGCAUAUGUUACUUAUUAGUUUGGGUCAUUCUUCUAUAUUUGGUUUCUGUGUACACCCCUCUGUACAGGGCCUCCUGACCAAGUGAAUUCAUACCUCUGAUAUUCAGAAAUCUGCCAUUUCUGUUAAUAUGGCCGCAGCACUGGUUCUCAGCCUGACCACCUAUCAGAACCAUUAGGGGUCAGUAGCAAACAAAAGUGACCAAAUAACCCAUUUCUUUACAGAAAGCAUGCAGUCUGACACAUGUAAACUGUUGUCCCAUUAACCAGUAGUCUGCACUUAAGAACCUGAACUGUUGUCACUGCAAGCAUUAAAAUGCUCUUCUUUUGGUGUGCUGCCUGACUGCUUAAAUUUUUAUUGUGUGUGUGUGUGUGUGUGUGUGUGUGUGUGUGUGUGUGUGUGUGUGUGUGUGUGUGUGUGUGUGUGUGUGGUGUGCUAUGUGUGAAUAUUAAAUAGAAUAUUAACUGUAGAAAUCCAAAUACAUUAAGGCAAUACAAAGAAACAGUGCAACUAAG